UUUCUCUUGUAAUUACCCGCAUCAUAGACACAGCAGAAUUCAUGGCAUCUGAGUGGGCUCCCUUCAGAAACUACAAAACCAAAUGCUGAGCUGACCACGUUCAGACGUAGAAAGUAAGUCACAGCACAACAAGGACAAGAGGACCACAAGUUGAACGGCAGGAAAUGUGGAGUUGAUGACCAUUUUCAACUAAAGACUUCACUUCAACUAAGACUGCAGGACAUGUUCUACUGGCAAUCAAACCCUUCAAUGUAAGGUUACUGACCCCAGAGGAAGAAGAAGGGGGAAAAGAAUUUCAGCGACUCUUAAUAUCAACCGAAACCACCGACACCGGCGUCUAAUAGAAAAGAGAAAAACAUUUGGAAGCCUUGACUAUCUGAGACGAAGUUAAUGAAAGUUUAUCGCAUCUUUGACUGCUGGUUUAAAGUGUGGUCGCCUUGUGAGCCGUCAGUGCGCCGAGGAGAGGGGCUCCAGUGACGUCACGGUGCGUUUCUGAGUGGACACAGUCUGCUGACCUGCUGCAGGAAGCAAGCAUAUCUCCGAAGAGCAGAGGAGGGCAGACAGUUGAAGCAAAAGGAGAAGAAAGGGUAGGUCAAGUGACUGAGGGAGAAAGAUCAGUAGACAUGAAUCAUCAACAGCUAGAAGAGAAGAAGAUGGGUGGACGAGUGAGCUGCUGGCUGCUGCUCACACUCUCUCUGAAAGGUAUUCUUGCAGCUGAUUGGGCAGUUCGUCUCCCUUCCAGUCCUAUUUCUGCUGUGAUUGGUUCCUCUGUGGUUCUCCCUUGUUCCUAUGACUUCCCUUCUACUGAGGCUGAGGGACGUCUCUCUGCUCAGGGUGGAGGAGGAGGAGGAGGAGGAGAGGGACAGCAGUACAACGUUUCGUCUGAGAUCUGGUGUCUCAAAGACAGUCGCUGUAUCACAUCAAGAUAUGUCUUCCACAGUGCCGGUCUAUUCCCACAUCCAUCCUACCAGAACAGGGUGGAGUACCUGGGGCAACCAGGAACCAAAAACUGUUCUCUGAGGAUUUCUGACCUGAGAAAGUCAGACAGUGGAGCAUACGUGUUUUACCUCAUCACCAGCCACCCCACACAGAAGAUGCCAGAGCAGAAAGGAGUACAGCUCCUAGUGGCAGACUCCUCCAGCGCGGUCACAGCAUUAGCGAGUCCCUCUACAGACAUCACAGAGGGCGUGGGCCUUCGCCUGGCCUGUGGCAGCCCUGCAGCUGGUCCACAGACCCGCUUCAGAUGGUAUAAGAGCACAAGCAGCAUCCUGAGACACACUGGACAGGUGUGGGACAUCAGUGAGGUUUCACCUGAAGACUCUGGCAGCUACUACUGUCAGAUAGAGACUGGAGAUCAAGUGCAGAACUCUACAAUGCUGCCUAUAGAUGUAAGAUACUCUCCUCGUAACACAGCCGUCACAGUCUCUCCUGCUGGAGAGCUACAGAAGGGGCUUCCUGUGACUCUGACCUGCAGCAGCGAUGCUAACCCGCCUGUCCACACAUACACCUGGUACCAGGGGGCAGCAUGUCUUCCGGCAGCAGACAAAAGCUUUUAUCGAGCCAGACAAUCCCCUGCUACACCCACAGGACGAGGCCCGACACUCAGGAGUGCCAGCAUCGCCGCUAAAGAAUAUGGGCUGCACUGCUGUGAGGCUCGGAACAGACAUGGAUCACAGACUGUUGGUGUAAAACUAACAGAUCCCAAAACAAUAGACCCAUCUGAGUCUUCAGGAAAGAGAUUGCUGAUUAUUGGAGUGACUGUCUGUGUUAUACUGGCUUUAAUCGCCAUCGUUGCCUUUCUCUUGUCAAGAAGACAGAAGUCAGCAAGGCAUCAGUCAUACAUCCUCACAGAGACAUCUGCUCCAAUACCUUGAGGCCUCAUUCAGCACAAAUACUAAAACUCUUAAACUGGAGUUGGCUCACUUUUGCUUAAAGAGCGUACUCAAGCAAGAGAAAAACUAUGUAAAUAUAUUUACUCUUUUGGCACUUAUCUGUUCUUUUUUUUUUUACUUUAGUUUAAGUGUUAUUGUGCUUUUGAAUUUGCUUAAUGCUGCUGUCAGGAUAUAAAGUGACAAAAAAUAAACAAAUAUAUUUAUUAUAUUUGGAAAAAUCCCCAAAAAUCCUCAGUUGUCAUCACCCAAUUUUCUUUUCUACUGCACUAAAACAACACGCCACAGAAUGCACCCAGUGGAAGCAAUGUCCAGAAUACAGCUGUUGCUGGAAGCCUGUUAGUGAUGAUGCAGAGCAUACAGAUGAUGAUGGAAAAUACUGAUCCAAUUAAAAGCUGUUUGCUGUAA